AUGGUGGUGUCCGCCCUCUUGUGCUCGGCCAUCGCCUAUAUCCUGGUUUCUCCGGCUCGGGCGCUAGGCGGUGGGCUUCAAGCUCAAUCGGUCGACGUCCGUUCCAAAGUGGAAGGACCUAUCGACUGCAAGAGCAUCUGCGAUCCCGGAGGAACCCCUUACAAUCGCAAUGUUGAGGCUCUCCAGUUCUUGAAGAGAAUCUGGGUACCCGACGACAAGAACCCGAUCAAUCUCACGGCCGUCGCCAAGCGGCGCAUCUUCUUCGGAGAUGGUAAGUUCAGCCUUGAGUAUGACGAGGAGGAGGAGGUCAGGAAUUUGGCCAUUAAGAACCCUCCCCCGAAAGGGAUGGUGGUCACAGUGCAGCAAAUGAGCUGUGUGCUGCGAUGCUUGGUCAUGGUUGGAAAGCUUGUCUUGAUUGUUUCGUCCCCGAGCCAGGUUUACACUUAA